GGCAACCUCCGCCAGGAAGGCUGGCAGCAGCGCAGAAGGCGCAGGGUAAUGACGUUGCGGGGCAGAAUGGACGGCUGACGUCGCACUCUAUGUGCGUAGGCACCCUCCGCGCUCUGGACUGGACCCGAGCCAGAAGGAUGUUGGAGUGACCAUCAUGGGCCAUGCCCUAUGUAUCUGUUCAAGGGGGACCAUCACUAUCAAUAACAAACGUUACCUUUCAAUUCAUAGGCUCGGAGAAGGUGGCUUCAGCUAUGUAGAUCUUGUAGAGGGGCUGCAUGAUGGACGCUUCUAUGCACUGAAACGCAUCGUAUGCCAUGACAAGGAUGAUCGCCAGGAAGCCAUGCAUGAGAUUGAGAUGCAUCAGCUCUUUGAUCACCCAAAUAUCUUGCCCCUAUGUGCACAUGCUGUUGUGGAGAAAGGAUCCAAACACGAGGCCUGGCUGCUACUACCUUUCCUCAAGAGAGGAACUCUUUGGCAGGAAGUUGAAGCUCUGAAAGACAAAGGUGCCUUCAUGCCUGAGGAGCGGAUCCUUGCCAUUCUUCAUGGUCUUUGCCGAGGGCUGCAGGCCAUUCAUAAUAAGGGUUAUGCACACAGAGACCUGAAACCAACAAAUGUGCUUCUGGAUGACGAUGACCAACCAUUGUUGAUGGACCUAGGCUCUAUGAAUCAAGCACGCAUUGAAGUACGGAGCUCCCGGGAAGCCAUGACAUUGCAGGACUGGGCUGCCCAGCGCUGUACCAUCUCUUACCGAGCACCAGAACUGUUCACUGUUGAACGUGACUGUGUUAUUGAUGAACGUACUGAUGUCUGGUCCUUAGGCUGUGUUCUGUACUGUAUGAUGUUUGGUGAGGGGCCUUAUGACAUGAUCUUCCAAAAGGGGGACAGUGUGGCCUUGGCUGUACAGAAUGAUCUCACUGUGCCCCAGAAUACAAGGUAUUCGCCUGCCUUGGAAUGUCUCCUCUGCUCGAUGAUGAUAGUGAAUCCUCAACAGCGCCCAUACAUUGCUGGCAUUAUCUGCCAGCUUGAAGAGAUACAGCCACCACCUGCUGGACAGGACACCACACGCAUCUGAGCCCACUGAAUGUGUAGUAGAGAUGGGGCCAGGAGAGGCGUUGCCGCCCAAAUGGGACCUCAAGAGGUUAAGUUCAAAGCCAGGACAUGGUAUGUUCUGUUCUGUGCUUGCCACUUUCCAGAGUGGGGCCACCUCUUGCUUUGGAGCUGAUAAGUUUGGGACUUUCUUGGCAGUUACCUUGCCAUUCUCACUGGUGUCCAAGCAUGCACCUCAAGAAUAUAUUUGGGUCUCAGCUGGUCUGUUUGGCAACUUACCAGCUCCCUUCAUAGGAUGUUGUACAAGGGACCUCAACAAUAGAUGGGGAAAUGGCCAGCUUUUUAAAAAUCUUAAGUAUUGCUUGCGGCUAAUUAUUGAGGGACUGGCGCCCUAUUUAUUUUGGUGCAGGCACACCCUCAGUGCCUAUGUGUUCAAUAAAGUCUUUACAAUGCA